AUGUAUCUUGAUAGUUCGCCAAAGGUACAACUUUUGCAGGAUCCAAUUAGCUACGGUCCUUUUAUCAAAUCAAGUGGACUGGCGGAGUCUUUCUACAUGUGUAAAAUAUACAUUUCUAUUCAGACUCUCACUCUCUCGCUCACUCUGCUUCACAUUCCUUUAUUCCUACGGAUCAGUCUAAACGACACGAGAUUUCUUCACAUAUUAUUCAACAAAUCCUUACUUUUGGCUCAAAUGCAUCCUGCGUCCAUCGCCCUCUUUGCCCUUGCCGUGACGCCCAUCUCUGCCGUGGACGCCUCGCCUCGCGCGGGCACCUGCCCCGCUGUUUGGCAAACUAUAGCUGCCGAUCUCACGAAUAUCUUUCAAGGUUGCAACAAAGCAGCUCACUCAGCCGUUCGCGCUGUGCUCCAUGCCUGUUUGCCUCUUGGCUGCAACGGCAGCUUGAUCCUUUCCCAGGAAGAAUGCUCACGGGUCGAGAACCUUGGACUGAGAGAUCUCUGUAAGACACUCAACCAGAAGCGCACCCAGUAUCGUGUUGGUGCUGCUGACAUGGUCCAAUUUGCUGGUGCAAUGUCACUUUCAGCAUGCCCGCUCGGCCCCCAGGUUCAGGCGCUUGUAGGCAGAAGAGACAGCUCAGCAGAUGCACCACCAACCGGCCUACCGAGGAGCCGGGAUCCUGUCCAAAAGAUCUUGAGCAUGUUCGCAGCUAAGGGCUUCUCCCCUCAAGACGUGGUUGCGCUACUUGGAACACACAGCAUAGUGAUCCAGACGAAGGCCGGUACUGCCCCUUAUAGUCUUCAAAGCGAUCGUCUCAUGUCUAGCGCGGCCGAGGCCGUCUUCGCAAAGUCGACAACGUUAUGGGCCAAUGCUUUCACAAGUGCAUGGAACCGGUUCGCGGUCAUUGGCAACAACGUACAGAGUCUCCAGGACUGCUCUCAUCUUGUCCCCAAGUCCAAAGUUCCUCGUGGCAGACAGGUGGCUCAUGCACAAAUGAUGGAAAAGUUGACCAAGAAGUUCAUAGCAGAGGAGCACUAA